CGGAGUAGAAUCGACGGUUUGGUACGUUGUGGUCGUAAGUAAAGAUGGGGAAAGCACGUGGUGUUUCGCGACGUCGCAGGAAAAAGUACAAUUAUAAUGUUAAUAAGAAACGACUUCAUAAAAAAUUACUGAAAUUGCCAGAUAUCGAAUGUGCACAAAUAAGAAGAGCCUGGGAUAAUAAAAAGAGCAUUUUGAAUAAUCUGCGAGAAAUGGGAUUAUCUGCCGAUCCUAAUAAAACUUUAAAAGUACCUUCUGCAAAAGAGUUGUUAGUACCAAUGGAGUUAGACAAUGUAAAGAAACAAAAGAAAAGGACUACAAAACCUCCAAAAUUAUUUGUUGCAAAAGAAUUGGAAAAUGAAGCAAAAAUGCCACAGCCAAAUAAAUUUCGUCUACCUAAUGAAAUUGUGAAAUAUUGCAUUUAUAUGUUGGAAAAAUAUGGAGAAGAUUACAAGGCAAUGGCUCGUGAUCCAAAGAAUUACCAACAAGACACACCUGCUCAAAUAAAAAGAAAGAUUCAAAAAUUUCAAAGUAUUCCCGAACAGUGGAAUAAAUAUUUAAGGAAAAAAGAAGGAUCUUGUUUAUAAAAGUCUUUUGGCGUAUUAAAUAGAAAUUUUAUUUCAUCAAACAUUUAUUUUUAUUUCUAAGCUUUGAUUCCGUUAUGACGCCACAACUCCUUAAAUUGUAAUUAUAUUGACUUUUUCACUAUAGUCAAGGUAGGUUGGACAUAAUAGACAGGUGUCAUUUAUUAUUUCAGAUGUAAUUUUUAUAUUUGAUUGCAUAAAACUGUCUUACGUUUAUA